GUGACCAUUGCUGAGGCCAGUUGUGAGUUGAGAACAUUUUGUAAGUAAAAUAUUUGUACUGCUACUACAUUGUAUUGAAUGUGAAGUUAGUUUUUUAUCAGUAAUUAUAUCAAAGUAAUCAUCGUAUCACAGAUGAGAGUAGGUUGAAAUUUUUAAGAAAGGUUACAAAGUUUAAAGGUUUCAUAGUGAAUUGUACUCAUGAUUUGAAUACAGAUUUUAAAUGUUUAAAAAGGGUACAGUGAUAUUGAUUUUACAUAUAUUUUUAUAAAAUUAUAAACAUGCAUAUUUUGCAUAGUUACAUGUCUAAAUGGUUUAUUUCAGAUAUUAUCUACCAGUACAUGUAAUUCUAUACUUGUAUACAGUAUAUACAGUUCCUUUCACCCUUAUUUAGGGUAGGUACUUGUGUACUUGAGAAAUUAUUGAUUAUGGCAUUUACAUUUUGUAUAUUUUUAAUCUGCAACAUUGCAUAUUCAAUAUUGUAAUAGGGUUAUUUCUUUUUAUGACAUCAUUUAUUAAAAAUAAGGUAAGUAGAAAAACAUUAUAUUGUAAUUGAACAUAUGUCUAAUAUGUCAUUAUAAUACUUAAAUUAAUUGUGAUGAUUAACUAUUGUUAAGUUCAUAUUUGUAUUAUGUUUUGUCGGAGCGUCACCAUAAUAAUAUUAACAAUAGUUAAUAAACGAAGUACAUAUAUACCAUACUCGUUUGUUACAAUAAGUUGUAAGUUCUUUUGUAAAACGCAGCCCUGAUUAUCAUGUACUAACAUUGGGGGCCGAAAUAUUGGAUAUCAAUUUCAACAAGAGGCAUUCCUCCCAGUAAUGCUAAUCAUUAAAAACCAUUUCAUGAGUUUAAGCAACGCUCAGAAGCUCUCAAGUCCAGCAACUCUCAAUUUUAUAAAGAAAUAUUUGUAUUUUAUCCAAAACUGUCCCUUGCUACCCUAACAAUACAUUUCUAAUGACCAAAUAAAAUUUGAGAGUCAGUCACAGAGUUAAAAGGAAGAAAAUGGGCCAACAAUUCCUUGUCAUGUAAAAAGGCUGUUUUUGUUUACAUUUGUUCAAUAUACCAGCAGAAAUCUUUUUCCAGCUGAUUUGUUUAUGUUCUUAUGCUAUUUAAUCAUAAAUAAAAAACUUCCUUAAGUUUAACAUAUUGUAGGUCUAAUACUGGAAUAUUUACUUUAGCAUUCAUAACGUAAACACAAGCUUUGUUUACAAAGCAAAACAUUGUAAGCUCUGUUACUAUUCGAAAAACACUUAACAUAUUAAAAAUGUCUUACUGAAGCAAUUUAAACAUGAAAAUUGAAAGAAAAAAUGUUUAAAAAAAAAUCAAAAAAUCAAAUAUCUAUGUUAAAACAACAUAACUACCGUCUACACUUAGAACCCUUGUGUCUAUCAAGUCAAAUUAAAGCUGGCACGCGAUUGGAAAAAUCUUUAAAAUACAAACGGUUCAAGAUAAAAUAUCUCGAAAUUUUGAUAAUUGACCAUAUAUAAUGUUAAUGUCAACAUAAUACAGACAACCAAAACAGUUCUAUGCAAUUAGUGGUUUGGAGCUCCUAUUAGUCAGUGUUUUGUAAGACUUGAUCAAAAACGGGUACAAUUUUUGAAAUUUAUAGAGGAAAUUCGGACUAAAUAAAACUUGAAAUAUGAGCUUAAAACGAAUCAGUCAAAUAUAAAAUAACUAAAGCUAUUCGUAUUUUAACAUUUCCCAACCUACAAAUUGUUUUAUUAUUUUUAUUAAUUACAAAAUAAAGAAAACAUUGAAAAUGAUGGACAAUUUUGACAUUUUUUUCAAAACACAUUCAUAGGUCACCGGCAGAAAAAGUAGGUCAUUGACCUAGUUAUUUAAAAGGUACAAAUAGCACCACAAUAGUGGGACUACAGUGUAGAAUAAGUAGUUUUUCGUUCCUAUUAGUGGAUUUUUUUCGCCCCUUAGAAAACGCAAUCCUUAACGAAACAACAGGUCAAUAUUUAAGUAUUAUGGGGAAAUCAGAUACGACCGGGGGUGAUCAAAUACAAUAAAUCUUGAAAGGCCUAAUUAUAUACUUUUACACACCAGACCAUAUUUGAAUACCCCGUAUCUUUCGAAAAAAAAACUUAUAUAUUUCACAUUUUUGUGAAUUCCUCAGCGUUGCCUUAGUUACUCAAUUUUACAUUUUUAUCUAUAUUUUCAGAGUUAUCAAAUGAUAAGGAAAGAUGCUCGAAAUAAUAAGAGAUAUAAUGGACAACAAUAUUUCUGGAAACGUUCUUUGUAGAUUACAAAUCAUUACAUAAAAAAAAUACAAACUGAUAUUUGUUUGUAUGACCGCUAAUAAAUCUCGUAAAUUUGCACUCUUUAUGAGUUCUGAAUACAAUUUCAAAACAGUCUGCAAUAAAUCAUUUCAGGAACGGGGCCGGGGUAAAAGCAAUAGGGAGUUCUGUCUCACUGCCAUAAACAAGAACAGAGGGAAAUGAAUAAAUAAUUGAAUUCUUUUAACGAGGUUAAUUUUUAUUUGAACUGUACGUAGUUCCGUUCGUGUAAUCCGAUAUUCCUGACUUGUCAUAGCCAAUGAACACAAACAAUUUCUUAAUUGUUUUAGGAGAUAUAUGGUACGGAGUUCAUAGCUUUAAAAUUCGUUUAGAUUUGUAUCGGUGAUAAUUAGAGAGAAUGGGUUGCAUCGUUUAUGAAUUCUAAAUAAAACUCAAAAAUAUUCUAAAGAAACUCAAUUCAGGGCAAGCAUGGUUUGUAAAUUCAUUUGGAAGUGUUCUACCAUUGCUAUAUUUGAAAGAGAACAGACACAGAGGAAUAUAAAUAAAACAUAUAAGACAUCCUGUUAAUGACGUUCGCUAUUAUUUGAACUGUAUUUCCGCUCGUGUAAUCUUAUAUUCUUAACAUAUCUAAUUCAAUAAAAACAGACGAGUUUUUAAUAUUUUAAGCAGUAAUUGGCACAGAGGUCAGAGCUUUAAAAUCCAUUUAGAUUUACAUCGGUAAUAUAAAGAAAGAAAUGGUACUUAUAACAAGAGAGAGCAAACUAGGUUGGAGACAGCACAGGGUAUUUAAUAACAUUUCAGAAAGUCACUCGGUUGUACCAGGACAAAAUGAAUCCUUUUACUUUGGUCGAUAGAACUUGGCAUGAAAUGACUUUAACAACUCUGUUGUUUUGUUUAUCAUCAUUAUACGUUGGGGGGACAUCGGCGGUUGUUCACGGUGAGAAGUAUACUGGUCCCGUUGUUGGGGUGAUGGGGAUCAUUGGUCAACAGCAGUGUGUCCGGGAAUGUAGACACAGGCCCAAGCUGUGUCGAGGAGUCAACUACCGGAAACAGGAACUGAUGUGUGAACUUAUGUCGGCCAUCAACGAAACGGAACCAAAUCCUGACUACGUUAGAAUUGAAAUUGAUCAGACUGCGAAUAUCAAUGAUGGAUGUCUGGCUUGCUCAAUCGAUGAUGUGUGUGUGACGCUCUCCAGUACAAAAGUCCACUGUAUUCGAGACAAUGGCAUUCCAAAUGACUGUACUUCUCUGCACAAAAUUAACCGUGGCAUACCCAGUGGACUGUACACAAUAAAGCUAUCAUUCAUUAAUCUCGUGACAGUCUUCUGUGAUAUGGAGAAAGAUGGCGGUGGCUGGACAGUGUUCCAGAGACGACAAGACGGUUCUGAGAAUUUUUACAGAACAUGGAUAGAGUACAAGAACGGAUUCGGGAAUAUGAGAUCUGAGUUCUGGCUCGGCAACGAAAAACUACACCACCUGCUGAGUCAGGGAUCGUAUGAGAUGAGGAUGGACAUGGAGGACUUCGACAACCAGACACGUUACGUCAAAUACAGCAGUUUUAACGUAGGAGACGAAUCAAGAAAGUACAAAUUCACGUUAUCAGGGUUUUCUGGAAACGUUGGGGACUGUUUCACAAAUUCAACCAUUGGCAGGGUUAUGAACAGCAUGAUGUUUUCCACAUGGGAUCAAGACAAUGAUAAAAUUAAUAGUAACUGUGCCGUCAAUAUGAAAUCUGGGUGGUGGCACCGGUCCUGUAGCUGUGCGAACCCUAACGGCCUGUAUCUGGCAGGGGAAACCACUGGGAACGUUAGCGGGAUAACUUAUCAUCCAUGGCGGGAUAUGUACUAUUCGCUUAAGUCAACUCGCUUAAUGGUAAGACGAGUUGCCUAGACACUGGAUCACAUCAUCAAAAAUGGAGAUUGUUU